ACGUAAUUUCCUCUUGCUGGCGAAACAACAGUAGCUCAUUAGUUAGUCCACGAAAUGAGUUUGUUUUUGCCUAAAUUAAGUUGCAAAAAAGACAUAGAUGAAGUUAUCAAAUGCGUAGCAGAAAAGGUCGUAGUAUUGAGGUUUGGGAGAGACGAAGACUCGGUUUGUCUCCAGCUGGAUGAGAUUCUGUCAAAAACAGCCCAUGACCUGAGUAACAUGGCGUCCAUCUACAUCGUUGAUGUGGAUAAAGCUCCCAUCUACACAAGAUACUUUGACAUCAGCUUCAUCCCCUCCACUGUUUUCUUUUUCAAUGGACAGCACAUGAAAGUGGAUUAUGGCUCCCCAGAUCACACCAAGUUUGUUGGCAGCUUCAAGACCAAGCAAGAUUUCAUGGAUCUGAUUGAGGUCAUAUACAGAGGAGCUAUGCGUGGGAAGAUGAUUGUCCAGAGUCCCAUAGAUCCUCAAAAUAUUCCCAAAUAUGAUCUCCUCUACCAUGGAAUUUAGGCUCAACACCUCCAGCGUGUGGCUUUAUGAUCAUAAUGAUUUCCUGCAGAGUGGCAUCAACCACUACUGGUUGAUAGUUAUGACUUUCAGCCACCAAGUAGCCAUCUGAAGAAGUUUUGAUAUUAAAGAUCAGAUUUGGAAACUUUAAUAAAUAUGUGGAUUUGCCUGUAGAAGGGAAAUUACAAACAGGGCAGCACAUUGCCCUUUACUUUUUGUCCCAUUGAUUUGUUGAAAGGUUCCCUUUGGAGUGUUUGGCCACUGUUAACCCUAUACAGCAAUGUUUUUGUAUGUGUGAGUCCUCAUGAUGUUAGCCGUCUUGCAAACAAACACACCAUGUAAUGGGCUUUGUUGACUUCUCAUAGUCAAAUUUAUUUACAGCAUCUUAACAGAGGUUCUGCAACUAUUCUGAUUUAUUUAUUUCUUGUGAAAAUGCAGUGUCAUGCUGAUGUUUCCCAUGGAAAAGAGCUCCAGAGAUACACUUAAUUUAUGCAAUGUACAUGCUCUGUUUUUAUAAUAAACUUUGACAUUUUAUCUUGCACCAUCAAUUACCUGCCAUGUCCCUGUAGCCUCUGUUUGUGCUUUUUCUUUUUUUUAGUUCAUGUAAACUUACAGUUUCUAGGCAUACCUACACCGCCAACUGAGUUACAUUUCUAAACAAUUCACUAAAUAACCAAUGAAAGAAAUCAGCAGAUAAACUAAUAGUUAAUGUGCGGACAAUAGAGUAAACAGGCUGAAACGCCUGAGGCUUGACUGAGCAGCUUGUUUCGGACAUACCCUCCUGAAAGCUCACAGAUUAUGAGUUAAUAGCACAGUCUCGUGCACUGUGAAUGUACAAGAGCAAAAAAUAAGAGAGGAUGCCUCUUACACUGCAAGAAUCUGCCCAGUUUCUCGGUAUGAUGGUGCUAUGAUAUUUAAAAAAAACAACACUGUAUUCACAUGUUUUGUAUAUUGCAUGCUGCAAAGGCAUUAUAAUAUACCAUAAAUAUUUUGUAAGUGAUUUUUAUGGUCCUGCAACAGACUAUUAUUGUGCAGCAGUGUUGUUCAAAGAAAACCCUGAUAUUAUCUAAUAUCCACACAUGUCCAGUUAUUUGCAGUUUGACUUUGGUGUUGUUUCAGAUAAAAAUGCCAUUUUCUUAGAUUUUCCAAAAAGAUUUUAAAGUUGUGAUGUUUGAUUUGUUUUCAUUGCAUAAUGUCAUUAAUUUUUGUGAUGUUUGUCAUAAUUCAUCAUUGAAAAAGAUUUAAGACUUAUUUUGCCUCAGAAUACAAUACUAUGAAAUGACUUGUAAUAUAUUGCACAUGCCUUUUUGCAACAUUCUAAAACCAAGCUGAAUAAUUUUUUGAUUUUUGUCAUCUCUAUGGAAAGUGCUUUUUGUGGUGAUGGUGACAGUAUAAUAUACAGUGAAAGCACACCAUAAAUAUAAUUCUAGAUCAUUUGUUUUCCACAACAGAUCAAAAUAAAGACCAAAGCAGUUUCAAAUU